CCGGAAGGAUUCUUUUGAGUUUCGACUUCGACGAUCAUCAGCUUUGAGAGAGAGAGAGAGAUCUCUUCUGCGAAUCGAGCUGAGCUUUUACAGAUUCGUGAGAUCUUGAGUGUUCGGAUUAACGAAAAUGAUACACUUUGUGCUUCUAGUCAGUCGGCAAGGAAAAGUAAGGCUCACCAAGUGGUAUUCGCCUUAUACACAGAAGGAAAGAUCUAAGGUCAUACGCGAACUCAGUGGUGUGAUUCUGAACCGAGGUCCCAAGCUCUGCAAUUUUAUUGAAUGGAGAGGAUACAAGGUUGUCUACAAAAGAUAUGCAAGUUUGUACUUCUGCAUGUGCAUUGAUGAGGCGGAUAACGAGUUAGAGGUACUGGAGAUAAUUCAUCACUAUGUCGAGAUUCUUGACCGUUACUUUGGCAGUGUGUGUGAACUCGAUUUGAUUUUUAACUUCCACAAGGCGUAUUACAUACUGGAUGAGCUGUUGAUUGCCGGUGAACUUCAAGAGUCGAGCAAGAAAACAGUUGCGAGGAUAAUAUCAGCCCAGGAUCAACUGGUGGAAGCUGCGAAAGAGGAGGCGAGUUCCAUAAGCAAUAUAAUUGCUCAGGCAACCAAGUAGUCUCUUUCGGAUCUGCUCUGACGCAGUUGAAACAGUCGUAAAUGAUUAACUAUUUCGUUAUCGUCUGAGGAAUUCUCUACUCAAUCACACUUUGUUUGCCUUCUCAUGUUUUGUUUGAUUGAUCAGAAGAAAGAAGUAUUCAUCGUUGUGGGUUUACAAGUAGUGGUUGUUACUUAUCUUUGCGUAAUCCAUAUAGUGUGAUGGAUGGUAUAAAAUCUCUUCACAUAUUUACGCCUUAAA